AUGUGGCAACAAGAAGAGGAUGACGGUGGUGGUGAAUUCAUAGCCUACUCUCGUGAUGAUCCUCUAUUGGGAAAUAUUGAUGAUGCAUGGACCUCUAACCACCAUGGUGAGGAGGACAAUGAUUCACCCGAGUACAAACAUUUAAAGGAUUCCAUCAUAUUUUUAAUUGAUACUCAAUCCUCCAUUGAACCCUCACAAGUAUCAAGUAGUACUAACACAACUCUUUCUGGUGAUUCUAAACUCGAUUCCAUUCCCUUCUUCAUGACACUCAAAGCAGUUGCUAAUACUUUGAGUGAUAAAAUUAUAUCCAAUCCAAGUGAUGUGUUGGGUGUUGUCUUUUACAAUACCAAAGAGAAACUCAAUCAAUUUGAUUUUAAUCAUAUUUAUGUAUAUCAUGAUCUUGAUACACCAGAUGCUAAAAGAAUUAAAGAUAUUGAGAAUUUAAUCAAACAAACCAAUCAUGGUUCUCAAUCAUCUGUAGUCACCAGUUGUUUAGAAUCUCCACCGUCAGUGAAUACGAUUCAUGAAGCACUUUGGACUUGUCAACAUUUAUUUUCUCUUUCUUCCUCUCAAUUAGGAUUUAAAAGAAUCUUUUUAUUCACCAAUGAUGACAAUCCAUGUAGAGAUGAUACUUCUGCUAGAAUUAAAUCGAUUGAAAGAAGUAGAGAUUUACUCAACAGUGAUAUUACGAUAGAUUUAUUUGUAUUGAAAUCUCCACCUCAGUCUUUUAAAAGUGAAUUAUUUUGGAGAGAAAUGAUUCAUAUUGAUGAUGAUGAAUAUACAGGUAAUAUUACGUAUGAUUGUGCAGUAGCAUUUAAAGAUUUGAGAGAUAAAUUGAGAAGAAGAGAAUUUAAAAAGAGAGGAAUUACAUCCAUUCCAUUCGUGAUUGGAGAAGGCAAUGACAAUGAUUCGUGUAUGGUCUAUCAUUGUACAUUGUAUUCGUGUGUGAGUAAGGCUAAAAAACCACCUGCUAUUUUAUUACAUUCAGAUACCAACAAACCAUUGAAAUGUGAAACUAAAUAUAUUUGUGAAGAUACAGGAACAGAAUUAAUGAAACAAGGUCAUGGUGGUGGUGGUAAUACAGCUACAGAAUUUGCUAAUACUACUGUUGGUACUGUUGGUACUACUAAUUUAAUGGAAGGAUCUAAUUUUCAAAAUGAUAUGGUCUAUUACUAUGACUAUGGUAAUCAGAAAGCUGAAUUUACAUUGGAUGAAUUAUCAAAAAUACGUCAACUCCAUACAGGUCGAAGUACUAUGAAUGUUACUAUGAAUGUUACUACUAGUCAUAGUAUAGGAGCUCCUAUGAUGAAUGCUACUUUGAAUACUACUACUACUACAACUACUACUACUACUCAACAAACAACCACUACUACUACCACUACUACUACCACUCAACACACAACUCCAUCCAUCAAAAACGAAUAUACUCAACCUGGAAUCAAAUUAUUAGGAUUUAAACCCAAGAGUCGUCUCAAAGUCUAUCACAAUUACAAAUCGAGUGGUUUCCUCUAUCCCAAUGAUCACAAAAUUCAAGGAAGUCUUUUAUCUCUAUCUGCUAUUCACAAAAAGAUGAUUGAAAUGGAUAAGAUUGCAAUUUGUAGAUUCAUUCAACGAGAAGGUAUCAUGCCACAAUAUGUUGCUCUUAUUGCUCAACAAGAAGUAUUGGAUGAACAAGAUCAUUCUCAAAUCGUACCACCUGGAUUUCAAAUUAUAUUUCUACCCUAUGCAGAUGGUAUUAGAAAACCACAACAAUUUGAAAAUCAAUCAAAACCAUCAGACAAACAUGUUCAAUUGGCAAAGAAAUUAGCUAAAAAGAUGCAAAUUGAUUUUAAUUCUUCUUUUUUCAAUAAUCCAUCUCUACAACAAUUUUAUCAAUCCUUACAAGCAUUGGCAUUGGAACAUUCAGAAGUGGAACAAAUUGAAGAUACAUUGAAACCUGAUAUUGAAGGAAUGAAAAAGUAUCAAUCAUUGAUGGAAGAAUUUAAAGAAAUUACAUUCCCUAAAGAUUAUCAACCGAUUGCAUCCAGUAAGAGUUCAUCUCGUAGUAGUAGUAGUGCUGCUGCACGUUCCAAAGCUUUAGAAGGGGUUGAGAAAGAAGAAGAAGCAACAUCGAGUCUCAAGGUCAAGACAGAAGAAGACAAUGAAAAGAAAUCUUCUAAAAAGAGAAAAAAACAAAAUGAUGAACAAGACAAUGAUGAAGAUAAGGUGAAACCCAAAGAAAAGAAGAAAAAGAAGGAAAUUAGUAGUGAUGAUGAUGAAGAAGAAAUUGAUAUGGUUCAACUGAUCAAGGAUGGUAAGGCUGACAAACUCACUCUCGAUAUUUUGAAAGAAUUUUGUAAACAAUACAAAUUGAAAGUGAGUGGAUCGAAAAAGGAUCUCAUUCAGAGAAUUACUGACUUUUUAAAACAAAAGAAGAAGAUUUAG